GUGUGAGGCUAUGUUACUUCGGGCGUGGUUGCACGCAACAUGCGUGCUACUGCUGAUGAGCGCACUGGCGGUGGACGCGCGAAUGAAAAGGGGCAAAUAUGCGUUCCUCGAGCCCUUCUGCACAGGACCGGAAGUAUACGUAGCGCUGCCCUGGGACUGCACCGGGUAUGUGCACUGCUCGAACCUGGGCUCGCAAAGGGAUGCGUACUGGAUUGAGUGCCCAACGAAUUUGUUCUAUAGCAUGGAGGCCCAGACGUGCACGUGGCCUAAAGAUAUGAGGAGACCAUGCCCUCCGCUUAAAGACAUAAUCGAGAGUUACUGCACCGACAACCCGACCAUGCGGUUUCAGAGCCCGGACCACUGCGCCCAGUACUUCGACUGCAGUGACGCCUCAUUCACCCCGGGGCUGCACCCCUACCUCAAGGAGUGCCCCUUCCCCAUGCUCUACAACCCUGCCACAAACAUGUGCGGCGAGCGCGAAACCGUCAACUGUAUGGAGAGAUUCUCACCUUCAAACAAAUGCGAUUACAUCCAGCACGCGGGCGGGACUGGAGCAGAAUGCGAGAUGAUCUCGACCCCGGGGUGCGAGGGGAUGCAGAACGGGCCCAACCCCUAUCCGGCCCGCCUGCUGACCCCCUACUACCUGAUGUGUCAGAACAACCGCACCACGAGCACGCAGAUGUGCACAGACGGACAGGUGUUCGAUCCCAUUAAGCUGAUCUGUACGAAGGACAUCGACGUAUUGGCCGUGGAGGUAUAUUGCGCGCAGAAUCUCGGUGAGAGGAUCCCACAUCCUGCCAACUGCGCGCGCUACAUCGACUGCCGGGCCAAGGUGAGCCAUCCGCAACUGGGGCGCCACAUGGCGGAGUGCACGUACCCUCAGCUGUACUCGGCCACCACCUCCCGCUGUGAGAACUUCGACCAGGUGCAGUGUACCACGAGAUACGAACCCCGGGCGCCAUGCGAAUACGCCACAUUGAUUGGUAGUGGUUCACCUCAGAACUGCAUGGGCACCUACUUCAGCUGCGUAGGACUUCCGGACGGCGCGAACCCGAUACCCGGGGGCCUGGUGGAGACGAGAUAUAUCAUGUGCCUCAACGACCGAACAGUUGACGUCGUGACGUGCCCCAAUGGAAACACGUUCGAUCGUUUGAAGAGGAUUUGCACGGUGUCCGUUGAACAGGAUUCUGUGGCCUCGAAGUGUGCGGCCAACCCCCGGGCCAUCCUCCCUGACCCCGACAACUGCGCACGCUACUUCAACUGCAGCCAGGCCGCCGUCCAGGCCAGCCUUGUGAAAUACCAGGCGGAGUGCGACUACCCGUUUUUGUUCAACACCCAGACCAUGGCUUGCGAUGACUUCGAGAUAGUCAAGUGCGGAACGCGCCUCGAACCCAAGGCGCCUUGCGAUUACCUCUCCACCACCACGAAAUGCGAAGGUCCCCUGUGCACCCUUCCAUGCCUCGAGCGAUCCCCGAGCUGCGUGGGCAUGCCGAACGGAAACAACACGUACCCGGGCCGGGACCUGUCCCCUUUCUAUAUGACAUGCAUCGGUGAGCGCACAGAGACCGUCGGCAUAUGCAGGUUCGGCGUAUAUGACCCUAGCCGAAGGUCCUGUACCACGGAGCUGGACCCAGUAUCCAUCCAAGACUACUGCACGAAGAACCCUGCGGGAUUGAUCCCCCACUACACGAACUGCGCCCGCUACUACAACUGCAGCAGCCCGACCCCCGGGCCUGAGGGCAUCAGCUACCUCCAGGAGUGUCUCUACCCGCAGCUCUUCAACCUCGACCAGAUGACCUGCGAUCCAUACGCCUCCGUCGCAUGCACGUUCAGAUUUGAGCCCAAAGGACCCUGCGAGUACCUACAGAACCAGGUUUGCCCAGACGGUUUAAGUACGUGCCCCCCGUGCGAGCAGCGGAUCCCGAGCUGCGCUGGCCUGGAGAACGGGAACAACUCGUUCGUGGGGCGGGACAACUACUUCAUCGUUUGUCAGGAUGAGCGGACGCUGUUCGUUCGGGAGUGUGCGGAAUCGUUCGAUCCUCUGACACGCAUGUGCAGCACGCGAGAACCGUUCGAGAUUAAUCGUCCGGCCAAGUACUGUACCAGGUAUCCCACGGACCGCGUGGAGAGCCCGCUGUCGUGCGCUCAAUACUUCGACUGUUCCAACUCCCUCAGUCCUCUGGGCAACUACAAGAACGAGUGCCCAUACCCACAGCUGUAUGACAACCCGUCCAGUAGCUGCCUUCCCUACAACUUGGUGAAAUGCGGUCGAAGGUUCGAACCUAAGGAUCCUUGCGAGUACGAGACGAACCUCAGGUGUCCUGGAGGUGGCACGUGUAUGCCAUGCAAGGACAGGUUCGUUAGCUGCAAGGGAAACCCCAAUGGCAACCACAGCAUUCUGGGACGACCGUCCGAAUACAAGAUCUGUCUCGACGGCCGAACAAUCGAGGUACGCCAGUGCGCCGGCAAUGGGAUCUACGACACAGCACGUGGCGGCUGCCAGCUCUCAUUUGAUCCAAAGAACCCCUUGCCGUACUGUUCCGUGUACCCGAACGCUCUGAUGGUGAACCCGACGAACUGCGCGCAGUUCUACGACUGCCGCCAACAGAACACGAUGUUCGGGAACUUCUUGCGGGAGUGCCCGUACCUUCAGCUUUACUCGGACGUCGACAAGUCGUGCCACAGCUUCGAUUUAGUCGCGUGUGGCUCCAGAUACGAACCGCUGGCUCCGUGCGAUUACCUCCACAACCAGAAAUGCUUUGACCCGGCCGGUUGCCCGCCCUGCGCGUCCAGUAAACCGAGCUGUGUCGGCCUCCCGAACGGAAACAACACGUUCCCGGGGCGCGCUAAGGAAUACAUCGUCUGCGCGGCGGGAAGGACGAUUACCAUGGAGACGUGCCUGUUCGACUAUGACGUGGAUCGGCGACGCUGUGGCCAGGACAUGACCAACCCCUUGAUAUUCUGCACGGUGCGGCCCCAAGGCGUACUGGCUCACCCCACCCGCUGUGCGAUGUACUACGACUGUAUGUCUAACCAGCACAUCUACGGAGAACUCAACCUUCAGGAGUGCCCCUACCCUUCUCUAUUUGACGCCACCCUCGGAGCAUGCGCGGCCUUCACACAGGUCAAGUGCGGGGCACGUGACGAACCCAAGGCGCCAUGUGACUACACCGCGAACAAGUGUCGCGUACAAGGCCCCACAUGUGUGCCCUGCACGGAUAGGUUCGUGUCAUGCGUUGGCAGACCGGAUGGCAAUAACAGCUACCCGGGCCAGUUAAUGACGACACGCUUCUUGAUUUGUCAACAAGGACGAACCAUGGGCGAGGGCAGCUGUCAGAAUGGCUACUUUGAUCCAGUGAAACGCGCAUGCGCGACAAGGUUGGACUCGGCGUCCAUCCAGAUAUUCUGUCAGGAGAACCCCGGCGAGAUCGUGGCGAACCCUCUCAACUGCGCUCAGUACUUUGACUGCAGCCCGGAGAGCGUUACGGCCGGCACCUACCUCCGCGAGUGUCCGUACCCGAUGCUGUUCGAUACCAACACUCUCGUCUGUCAGAACUUCACGAAAGUCACUUGCGGGCUCCGGAUGGAGCCAUCUGAGCCAUGUCAGUACCUGCAGAACAUAUGCGACCCGCGACAGCCAGGGUGCGUCCCCUGCCAGCAGAAAUACCCGAGCUGCGGGGGACUUCCGGACGGCGACCAUGCGUAUCCGGGGCGCCUGCUCACCGAUGAAUACAUCGUCUGCCAAGCCGGAAGGACGGUGGCCACGCUGCGAUGCGCUGUAGGCGUUUUCUUCCCGGAAAGGCGAGAGUGCAACGUGAUCUUAGAUGAACAAAUGGCCACCCAAUACUGCGUCGCCAACCCGAAGGCCAUCGUGGCGCAUCAGCAAAACUGCGCCCAAUACUACGAUUGCCGGAACGCUGUUGGCGGAAGUUACCUCCGGGAGUGCCGCUACCCGCAGCUCUUCCACGAAGGGAACAACACGUGCAAAAACUUCUCCGACGUUCGGUGUGGCAUCCGGUUCGAGCCCCAGGCGCCGUGCGAGUACCUGCAGACCCAAUGCCUCCAAAACGCCGUCAACUGCACGCCAUGUCAGGAACGUCUACCGAGCUGCAUCGGCCUCCCCGACGGAAACAACGCCUUCCCGACACGUCCAAACACGCAGUACUACGUCAAGUGUUUCCAGAACAGAACGGUUGCCGUGGAGGUGUGUCAGGUGUCUCUGUUCGAUCCGGCGACCCGCGAGUGCGCUAACGUUAUUGACGCAGGGGUGUUACGCGGUUUCUGCCAGGAGAAUCCCUCGGUUCUCAUCCCCGACCCCCUGCACUGCGCGCGCUACUAUAACUGCAGCGACCCCGGGGCGCGCCAGGGCCUGGGAGUGCCCCACCUCCAGGAAUGCAAGUACCCGCGCCUGUUCGGCUACGGCGGCACGAGCUGUCAGCUGUUCACGGAGAUCACGUGCGAUACAAGAUACGAGCCCAAGGCGCCAUGCGAGUAUGUAGAGAACCAGUGCUUCAACAGCACGUGCGCCCCGUGUGAAGAAAACUACCCGUCGUGCGCCAAUAAACAAGACGGAAGCAACAAUUUCCCGGGCCGAGAGGGCACCGAAUAUUAUAUCGUCUGCUACAAGUCUCGAACCGUCGCCAUCGUCACAUGCACGACCGGAUAUUACAACCACGCGACGCGCUCGUGCGAAGCAGUCAAUCCGAACACGGGGGCAGUGGGCGGAAGCGGAAGUGUAUUCUAGUUUGCGCAUGCGCAACUGUGGUUUAACUUAUUCGGAAUGUUUCUGGAAAAUAACGUCAUGCCCACGAUUUGUGUGUAAUGCUUGUCAUCCGAAGGUUUACUUCAGGAGAUAGUGUGUUUGUAGGAACAAAGCGCCCAGUGGUGAUUAAACGAAUUUAUGCGUACGUGUUUAUUUAUAUAACUGCGAUAUUGCAGUGUUAAAAUAUAAUCACCACUCAAUUAUGUUAAAAACAUUUAUAUCAAAGAAUUCAUUAAAAAACAAACAUCUUAGGUCGUAAGAAAUCUGCAACAUUAAUUGUUUAUGCUAUGCCUUUUCUCUGAUUAAAUCGUAAAUGGAUUUAAACGUUAAUAUGAGAAAUAUAAAUGGAGUAAAAAAUAAAUAAACAAAUAAACAUAUGGAGGUUCUGAAAUACGUUAUACUAACAAAAAAGAAUUGAAAAGAUACUGCAAGUUUGUACGAACAGAUGUACCCUGCACGCAGUUACGGUCUAUUUAUCAUUUGGACGUAUUUUAUAUUCUUUUCAAGAGUGCCAUGUUCCCAUUCCUGCACUGAAAAAAUGCAUAGCAUCAAAUGGGAAUACUUGGAAACACAUGUAGUUUGUUUUGUAAGAAAUUUCAGCUUUUAUCAUCGGCUGUUUUAAAGAUAAUUUUAAUUAUACAUGCAUACAAGCGUUCGGACCCAAUAUUUUUUUCUUCAAAUAUGAGAGGAUAAAAGAUUUCAAGGAGAAUGAUAUAUUUCGUAUAGAAAAAAAACUAUUUCUAUAGUGUUUUGUCAUUUUUUGUUGAGUGGGGUAAAGUGUGUUACUCUCAGCAUGUGAAUUUUACAAAACAUGUC